GGCUCACUUGCCUCCCAUUGGAAACGACAGGAUGUGCUAUAUUUUAAUAGAACAUCUUUGAUAUCGACGUCAUUAGCUGCUGCAUAGUCUUUUGUGGUAGCUAACAACAAACAAGUUCUAUUUUUCAGCUAGCUAGCACGUUCCCUAUUAAUCUAGCUGUGUUAGUUCAACAUGAGUUUAGCAUUUAGUAAAGAGCCCCGUAAAACGGCGGGGAACCGCAUGUCUAAGUUAUUAGAUGUUGAAGAAGAUGAAUUCUACAAAACAACAUACGGCGGAUUCAACGACGAAUCAGGAGAUGAUGAGUACAGAGGGGAGCACUCGGACACAGAGGACGAGGUCGACAGUGACUUUGACAUAGAUGAGGGUGACGAGCCCGAUAGUGACCAGGAGGAUGAUGCGCCUCGCAGGAAGAGUCGAGUUGUCACCAAAGCUUAUAAGGAACCUCUGAAGGUGACCAAGCCUAAACCAAAGAGGCCCUCGGAGGAGCUGAAGAAGACGGAGAAAGUCAAAAUGGAGAGGAGGGUGCCGCUGGAGUUUCAGGACUUUGGAGAGACUCGGAAGUCUGUGCGCCAGUCGACCAGCGAGCAUACGCGGAAGACCAACCUGCGACUGCAAGAAAGACAGGAUGCCCCACGACGGCGGAGGGGAGCCCACCACGACCGGCCCCUGACCCAGGAAGAGUUGCUGGCUGAGGCCAAAAUAACUGCUGAGCUCAACCUCCGAUCCCUAGAGAACUACGAGCGUCUUGAGGCUGACAAGAAAAAACAGGUCCAUAAGAAGCGGCGAUUUGAGGGCCCCACCAUCCGCUACCACUCUGUCCUCAUGCCCCUGGUGCCCCACUCCAUCUUAAAAGAGGAGAACGUGGAUGUAGAAGGGUUAGACCAGGACACACCGCUGCUCGUUGCUCCUGUGGCACCAAGUCCAGUGCCUUCCCAGCAACCCUUGGGAGGUCUUUGCUCCCGCACUUACAUCACCUUUAGCGACGAGGAGGCCUUUGACGCUGCCUUCCCCCAGGCUGUGCGGACCGGCUCCCAGCCCCCCACCCAGGAAGUCUGUCCUGUCACCCACAAGGCUGCAUUAUACAGAGACCCAGUUACAGACAUCCCCUAUGCCAACACACGAGCCUUUCGCAUUAUUCGCGAAGCCUACCGCAAAUAUGUGGCAGCUCAUGGAUUCCCCAACUCUGCUGGGGGUUUCUCUGUGGUUGAUGCCUCAGGUUCCAGGAGUGCACGCCAGAAAAUGGUCAAGCAGAGCACAGUUGCAAGGUAGAGGCUUCUAUUCUCUCAGAAGUCAUGUCCUCCUUCAAUUUAGAGCCCCACAUCUGUUCAAAGAUUUAAAUCUACAGUGGGAUUCAUCUUUCAGCAAAAUGGCAGCCCCAGUACUUGUUUUGGUGUACAGCUGAAGCAUAGGGCUAUGGAAAUUCUUGUUUGUAAACAUUGGAAUAAUAGAAUUUACAUUUGGGAUAAAGCGGUGCUUUCCAACCCUGUUCCUGCAGAGCUACUCUCCUGUAGGUAUGUGAAUAAAAUGUUCAAUAAAUUUCCUUUAACAUCCUG